AACACAUUUUCUUAUGCUAUAUAUAUAGAAACUAACUUUUUUUGUAUUAUCAGUCUAAAAUUUUUCUUUAACUUUCAGAUAACAAAAUAUAUAAACAUCCCCAUCUUUGCCUUAUUUGAAGAAAUGAAUUGUAAUGAGAUUGAAAAAAUUAUCGACACAGCUGUGCCCACGACCGGGCAACGUUGGUACCAUGUGCAGUAUAAACCGAUUUGGAUGGACCAAUCUUCUGUGGCCAAAAUGAUAGACUGGGGUUCAGAGAAAUUUGAGAUCCAAGAAGAAAGAUUUAGCCAGAAGGGAACGAAAGAUUACUUAGUGGCUCGAAAGAGCAGCUGGGAACAUCAAGAUUACAUCCAAAAGAGGGCUCAGCAUCUAAUUUCAAACUUCUGGUCAUCUGUAUCCAAUGAUGAUGUAUUUAAUGACGAAGAGGAAAGCGUUUUCACCAAUCCAGUGAAAGAUGUGGGAUGGUCAAGUAGAUUUUCUCGCUUACGCACUAACCAAUCCGACGAAUCCGACGAAGUAGAUAUUUUAAACGUCGAUAGUGAUGAUGACGAACUUGUUGACAUAGAAACAGUGAAAUUAGGAGAUAUGGGUUUAGUGACACAAUUACGUUGCAAGACAGUUGAAUAUAGUGCAGCACUACACGGCAUAACUGCUAUGAGACAGAAGCAUUGUGAUGUGGAAAAGCAGAGAAGACAUUCGUUGCUUUCUCUCUUUAAUGAUUUACAGAAAGCUGUUUCGAGCCCUAACUCGUCUACCAAACUUCCCAAGGUAUCCAUAUUAAAACAGGCCAAGUCGUUUAUCUGCGUAGCAAAUGCAAUCGAAAAAGAAUUAUUGGCAACGAAACAAUCUCUUGUUACGAGUAUCGUUUCCAGCGUCGAAAAACUGGUUGAACUAGGAGCUAUCGUUUACGUGAAGCAUGAUUGUAAAUGUGACAGUAGGGGGGCGGAAGGAAUGAACAUCACUGUGAACAAGUCUUUCAGUUUUACUAUCGUUCCUACGAAACAGACCAAAGAAGAGCUGGAGUUAUUGAGUUAUAAGUCUUUAAAAGAAGCGUGGAAACCAUGCAAGCAGGAUUGUAAACGCUGUGUAAAGCUAUCUAGUGCAGAGUUUCGAACCGACCAAUUAAAACGUGUAAAAUCAUUCAAUUGCUCUAACCUGACCAAUAGAAAAACUACCUCUAAAAUUUCAAUCAAUCAGAUGGUGAGUAAUGACAAAAAACCGGUUGCAAAACUGACCAAUCCAGCGGUCUCGUGUAAUGUUAUAUCCAGUCAGAAAAUUGAUGUAAAUAAAGAACCAAAUAUAAACCUGACCAGUAGAACAACUUCUAAUGUUCCAACCAAUUGGAAUGUCGGUUUAAAAAAAGAAGCCAUACUACCCCAUACCAACCAAGCAGUCUCCUGUAAUCUUCUAUCCAAUCAGAAUAUUUGUGUAAAGAAAGAACCAAUUAAAAACCAGGUCAACAUUCCAACCAAUCAGAAAGAACAGGUUAUAGAAAACAUUUAUUCAAAGGAUCAGUUAAACCAAAACAUUGUUAAAGGUAUUGUUACAAAGUCUUUGUGCGAUUUAAACCCGCUUUCUGCGUGUCCGCAUAGAACACGUUCUGUUGAACCAGCUAAGCCUACGAUGAUCAGACAACACCCAGGAUGUUCGUUGUUGCAAGCCCCCGUGGUGACAGUUGCUCAAACACAAAACGUUCCCGUUACAGGUUUUUACCCCCCGAAAAUGUAUCCAGUUUUGCUUCCAGUUUUCACUUCACCUAAUUCGCCUAAUCCUGUAGGUUUUUUGAGACCAGCUUUUGUGCCUGGAUUAAACAAGGGCAAUCAUGAUUCUCAAGCGUUCAUGGCUAACUCAGCUAAAUUGAACUGCACGACAUAUCAACAGGUAAAUGGCACAGUAUAUCCUGAACCGGUAAAUCGCACGGUGUAUGGUCAACCGGUAAAUAGCACGGUAUAUAGUGAACCGGUAAAUGCGUCGACACUACAAUGUAUUCCGUAUGUAAACAACCCGCCUCAGAAAAGCAAAUCCCUACCUCAUGUUGGUGCUUGUGCAACCACUUCAUCGAUCAUUAGUGAAAACACAACUGUCAGUGAAAACACAAAUGACGUAUUUAAAGAUUUAUCUUGUGUUUUUUCAUCUUCAAUUAAUGCAGGCGCUGCAAGCAAAAUAGUAGAAUCGCAUCAAAAAGCUUGCACAACGCGGACGUCUAAUAAUGCUAUUUGCGUUACCACUUCGCAGUCUGUCAUGGCUAAGUUACCGAUUAAACACACAAAUACUGCAGUCAAAGCUGAUACCCUUUCGUGUACAACCGAAAGUAGUAUUUUUUCGUCAAACAUUGUUUUACCUAUCAACCACGUCGAUGCGCCUUUGUCUGACGCUGUUUUACCUAUCAACCAUGUCGAUGCGCCUUUGUCUGACGCUGUUUUACCUAUCAACCAUGUCGAUGCGUCUUUGUCUGACGCUGUUUUGCCUAUCAACCACGUUGGUACGCCUUUGUCUGAUGCCGUUUUACCUAUCAGUCACGUCGAUACGCCUUUGUCUGACUCUGUUUUACCUAUCAACCACGUCGAUACGCCUUUGUCUGACGCCGUUUUACCAUUGACAGUUCACACUGACGCUGUCGGCAAGAUAGCAGAAUCAAAUAAAAAAUGGGGAUCCCCGACAAAUGUUGUAGUUACGCAGAUAAAUACUUUGAAAACUACCGAAAUUGACACCGGAAAUGUUAAGUUUCCAUCUUAUCAAAAUUCAAAAAUAUGUGUUGCUAGACCUGUGAAGGACAAAGUAAUUGUCACUGACCACACAACGCAACCUCCUUACAAAGUAGGCGAUCAUAUAUCUACUAGCGUAAAAGUAAGCCUGGAAUGCAUGGAAAAAUCGAAAGAUGGUUUGUCACUCAAAGAAUAUGUAGACACGGUAAUCAAGAAGGAGCACUUUGAGAGUGAUGUUAACAUGAUCGAGUAUGGUACAGAGGUUGUGGCAAGUGAAAAUGAAUUUCUCGGUGCUGACAACUCAAACGAUGAGAUGGAGAUGGAAGAUUUUUCCGAUGCAAUGUUGAUUUACAAUACAAGUGAUACGAAGGUUAAACAAUCUUACUUGUUCGACACAGUGAAUCGUUUGUAUACAUCUCUGCGUGGUGGGAAUACGGUGACCAAAAAUGCCUACUGCACUGUCAAUGAAAGCAAAAAUGCAAGCAAAGAAGAUAACGUUAGCAGAAACCAAGAUUUUGCUCCUUGUAAUCUUUCGAACCGGGACGGUAAUGAUGACAUUACAGAUAUUGCGACUAGCAGUAGCGGUGUAGGCGUUGGUAUGACGAAUAAUGCGACAGCUUCUUCUUCUUGUCGGCCAUCAGAUGCUCCUCCACAGAUGGUAAACAAAAAAACUACUGCUGAUCCCAACAAUAAUCACAUUGAACACAUUAAAGUAAACGAAUCUUAUUCUAUUUUAAACACUGACUGCUUUUUAAAGACUGGGAGUUUAGAUAUUCGUUCAAUGGAUAGUCCCUCUUGUCAUCCAGACACAGGUGUGGAUAAACCUGUCGAUAGCAGCAGCAACUUAGAAGGUUGUAGCGUUUUGUUGGAGGAGAAUCCAUUUUCUUCCAUCCGUGAUCAAACAACAGCCAAUUGUACAUCACCUCGAGCAUUUAGCACUAGUAGUCCUACUUGUGUGAAUAAAGAAAUUGUCGAUUGUUUUGUGAAACCAUGCGCUUGUGUUGCUCCGUGGUUGCGCAUGGAUGAAAGCCUAGACAAUUUCGAGAUGUCGUCUUGCAAUGAUUCGUGUACUGUAAAUCCGAUAUUAUUUGAAAAGAAACUGUGGAAUUUCCCGCCGCAAGCAUGUUCUGGAACGACGUCGGAACAACAGAUUACAAACCAAUUGGACGCUACGCCACAGCCGAGUUCACAUGCGACGCAGAAUCAACAAACGCCAGCCCAAAUAGAAACCGCCUUGCAAAGAAGUUCUAGAACAAUACAGGGACAAGAAAUGAAGGACCAAAUGGUUUCAAGUCAUCGUGCGACAAGGGAGCAACAGAUGCUGGUCCAGGAAAGAGCUGCGCUGCAAGCAAAUUCCAGUAGGACACAGCAGCAAGAUAUGCUUGUCCAAAGAGAAGCUACAUCUCUAGCAAAGUUUGAGACGCAUAAAAAACAGUUACCGGACCAAGGACAAAUAGCGUCUCAAGCAAGCUCCGGUCCUGCUCAGAAACAAAUGGCAGUGAAAACGGAUAUUUAUAUCGAGAGUACUAGUAGAGAACGGUUGUUACACAAUCAGAGCGCCUCUAAAGGAAAUCAAAAUAGUUUUAAAUCAGUCGAUCCGGUGAAAACUGAAACGGAAUCUUCCUCUCUGUUUGUACCCGAACUCAAGUCGAGAAAAGAUGAUAUUCAGAAAAAUCUAAAGAAACUGAAGAUGAAAUUGAAUGUUUCUGUGAAAAGGCUAACAAUGUCACCUAAACCAGUGGUAGCAGGUAAGACUGGGGAAAAGAAAAAAAUAUUGUUCAAGCUUGACGCGUUGAAGUCUGUUUUAAGAAGAAUAAACAUAAAGUCACCAAAGGAACUUGAAUUAGGAAAAACAAAAGAUAAAGACAACAUAUUAGACAAGAAAUCAAUUUCAAAGAUAGGGAAUGAAUUUUUAUUUCACCAACAUGAAGGUGAGUCGUUAAAUGGUGCUCCUGUGGACGACAAGCCAUCGUUUAAAGAAAUCGCAAUGAGUAGCAAAGAAAGUAUCACUAUUGCUGCAAAACAACAGAGUGACAACAAAAGUAUCAGUGUUGGUCCACAACGAAAUGUUGACGGUCUCAGUAUUGGUGUACCUACCUCCUCGACGUCUUCGUUGCCGCAUGAUAAGUCAUGUGUUAUGUCGGAAAGUAAUAUUGAUGUCGUUCAGCCCGGGUUAACGAGAAGACUGCCGGUUGUGGAUGUUACUAAUGCGAUACGAGACGCAGGAGAUCCCACCGUAUGCGGAAAAGAUUAUCAAGGGACUAACCAGAAGAUUAUAACAUUACCACCCAAGAUGGAGAGCGGAAAAUAUGACACCGGGGUUGUUUGUCCACAUAAUGACGUGCAAAAUUUGGUGAGUCAUGAUGCAGAGUUUCAAAGUUCUUCUCAUUUUACGUCAGUUAUGAAAGACGCAACAAAUAAAGCGACGAAAAAUGAAGCGAUGACAAAUAAAGUGACGACAAAUGAACUGACAGAGAUCUUAAGCCAAGGGUUGGUUGAAAAGACAACUUCAAAUAGCAAUCUAGAAAUAGCGGAUGACACGAACUCAAACAUAAAGCUGUUCAGCAGUCCUGAAGUAGCUGCACAAAGUAAUGACCAGAAAACAUAUGGGAAAACUUUUAAAACAGUUUCCAAUCAAAAUACGGUUGUUACAUAUCAAAGCCAAUCAGCUGAGAUAGAAUUGACCAAUAAAACGUCUAAAAAGUUUUCACCAUUUCGCUCAGUGAACACAAGUAAAAUCCAACUUUUAGAUUUCGAUACUAAUUUUCGCUGGAGCACUCCUAAAAAGUUAUUGGAGAGAGAUUUUAGUCCCGUGAAAUUAGUUCAUCGCGAUCCCCAGACCAAGAUACGCGAAGAAAAUGCGAAAAGUCAUCAUGCAUUGGAGAAUGUGAGACAAAAGACGAUUUUGCAAAAAAAGCACGAGCAAAGUCGACCAAAUACUUUGCAGGACAAACAAGAAGCCUUCUAUAACACUAGCGACGAAAGUGACCCAAAAAAAACCAAUAAACAAGAGUCACAACAAAAUGUUAUUAGAAUGAGUAUUGAUACUUUGCUGAAUGGUCAAGUGAACGUUGGCGAAAUAAUGUGCCGUAACAACAAUCAUGAUACAGGAACCGAUAAUGACGAUUGUAAAACCGGUACAAAAAUCCAUAAAGGGGGUUGUAUUGGUCGUGUUCACGAAGUCAAGGCUGGUCGUGUUCAAGAAGUGAAGAUUAAGGCCUGUAACAAGUGGUUAUCUGGUGUGGAACAAGUUCAAGUGAAAAACCUCAUGACAUUCAGUCAGACGCAUACAUCUCACGAAGACUUGUGUUUCAAUGGAAAAAAAAGAAUCAAGUUUCUUACUGAAACGCCUGCUCAACGGAAAUCAGGGGGUUUUAUCCCUUGCGAUAGAGUGGCCAAAACAACAUCCACCAAGAAUCGGUUAGAAGAUAUCCGAAAUAGUAAGAUAAGAAUGCAUGCGCGACAGAUGUUAAGGGACAAGUUCAAAAGUGAUAAGAUACGGAACGUUUGCUCGCAAUCACUUGUCGUUAAAAAAGAUGACGUCAAAUUGAAUCAAACUGAUAAGACAGAAACGAAAACUUGUCAAUUUGCCGAAGUUUCUUCUGCAAACUGUCAUGACAAACAUUGUAGAGAGUCGAGCAACAUUAAUACAAAGAUGUCGAAAAAUUUUACGAGCACAACAACCGACAAAAUCAGCACGGUCGUUGGCUCAGGAUUGGGACAGACAUCUUUUAUACAAGAGAAAUGUUCAAUUGAGAGUGCCGAAGAUAAUAGUAGUCAAGGAGAAACUUAUCCAAAAAAAUUGAUCGUUGGUGAGAAUAAAGAGAGUUCAGAUAGCAGAGAUAACGAAUCCGAUAGUGAUUUUGGACUAGUAAAUGACCAUUGUCUUAAAAAGAUAAAGAGGGACGCUGGAAAAGUUACCCGCAUUGAAUCUAAAAGAAUGGAUAGUGGUCGUUUUGAAUCAAAUGAUAAUCCUAUGCUGGUCAAUACGAAAGGAUUAAACAACGACGACGAGAAAAAAGAAAUGCGACCCGUCGACGUGGUUACCACCGGUAAAUCCGAAAGUGAACCCGUUACCGAGCCUGACAGAUUGAAUGGUGAUCGUUUUAAAUCGAAGAAUAUUGUAGAGGUCAAUGCUGAAAGAUCAAAAGGCGACAACAAGAAAAACGAAAUUACACCCAUCGAUGUGAGUAGUGACAGUGGAUCCGACGCCGAGUCUAGUGACAAAUCCGAGUCCAGUGAUGAAUCCAAGUCCAGUGACGAAUCCGAUAGUGAAUCUAGCAGCGUUCGUUUUAUAUCGAAUAAAAAUCUGGUAAAGUUUAAUGCCAAAAGAUCAAAGAGCGAAAACAAGAGAAAAGAAAUUCCACCUGUCGAUGUGAAUAAUGACAGUGGAUCUGACAGUGAGUCAAGUUAUGAGUCCGACAGUGAAUCUAAAAGGGUGAAUAGCCAUCACCUUAAAUCCAACGAUAUUCGUAUGCAAUUUAAUGCCGAAAGAUCGAAGCUCGGUAAAAAGAGAAAGAAAAAAAGAGUCAUCGAGGUGAGUAGUGACAGUGGAUCCGACAACACAGAUAGUGUGGAUUCGGAUGGUUAUUCAGUAGAGGAACGUAAAAUAAUCCAUAAAGAAAAGAAUGAGGGAAGUGUGGCCAUGGAAUCUGACACUCGCCGGUGCAGAAAACAUCUGUGCUGUUUAACAUCACCUCGUAAGAACACGCCAUCAUUUGUGUAUAGUGGUAGUAAGCUCGCUAGAGAUGAACGAGUGAGAGAAAGUACCGUUGUAGAUGCUGAUAACUCGAAAAGUACUCAUACCGAAGUGAAAAAUAAUCACAUGGUAUCGUCGUGUAACCGUAUUGAUCACAACUUGCAGGUCAGGGUAAAAAAAUUAAGUAAAUUAAAAAUAGAACAAUGCAUAAAAAACAUUCGAAGUAAAGCUAUCUGUAAAAAGAUGUUACGUGGACACACUCUCGUAAUUGAAUUAUCUAAUGACAUUAAAGAUGACGUUGAUCAACGAAUUAAUGACGAUUGCAAUGAUGGUUGCCAUAGUGAUGAUAAUGUUCGGAAAUGCACUGAUGCUGACGACGCAGACAAACAAUACGAAAAAUUCCUCAAACAGACCGCACAGUCAAAGCUCCAAUUAGAACUACCAAGUAAAUCAAACAUUUCGUCGAGACUAAAGGACCAAUCAGAAUGCAUAUCAGCGGUAAUAAGUCGUUUAAGACGCACACAGAACGAUCUUUCUGUUACACACCAGUUAGAAUCCAGAAUGCCAAAAGCUUAUAGGUCGAGAUGUACAGAAAAUGAAGAUUCGAUUGGAUAUAUUCAAGGAAAGCUAGAAAAGCGACGAAUUUGCCGUUCAAAAAACUCAGAUGUGGCGGUUGAUAGCGACGAUGAACCGGUACUGUUAAAAUGGAAGCGAAUAAGAAAGAGUAGUAUUUGCGUGACAGAUUUGGAUGAAAAAUCGGAUACCUCGGAUGCAAAUGGAGUCAGAGUUGAUAGCGACGAUAAACCGUUACUGUUGAAAUGUAAGCGAAUAAGAAAUAGUAGUAUUUGCGUGACAGAUUUGGAUGAAAAAUCGGAUACCUCGGAUGCAAAUGGAGUCAGAGUUGAUAGCGACGAUAAACCGUUACUGUUGAAAUGUAAGCGAAUAAGAAAUAGUAGUAUUUGCGUGACAGAUUCGGAUGAAAAAUCGGAUACCUCGGAUGCAAAUGGAGUCAGAGUUGGUAGCGACGAUAAACCGUUACUGUUGAAAUGUAAGCGAAUAAGAAAUAGUAGUAUUUGCGUGACAGAAUCGGAUGAAAAAUCGGAUACCUCGGAUGCAAAUGGAGUCAGAGUUGGUGACGACGUAGGUGAGUUAGUACAUUCAAAGUUUCGGCUGGAGAAAAAACAUAAUUUAGAUACGAAUGCAAAUGCUUACAAAAAAAAUUUUGUUGGUGAGGAUACAUCAAUGCAGGAAGAAAAACGUGUACGGCAGGUGUUAUCUGGUGAAGCGGAUUUGAGUGAAAAGUCAGGUAGCGACAAUGAUUAUGAGGCGUUACAAACAGAGUCAAAUACAUUGCAGUUUGUCACAUCUGCAUCAGACACGUUGCUACCAGGUUCCUCGAAGAGAAAACUCGUUUCAGACACAGAUGGCGAGGGUGCAUAUCUGAAUACCGCAUUCAAAUCAUAUUUUGACGCCAUUUGUAAACCCACUCAGUCAAAACAUGUCAAUCUUAACGAACUGAGCAAUAGUUCAGAUGUUGAAUUUACAACCAAUCCGCGAAUUUCAAAAUAUCGUCAAAGAGCUCUUCAUAGAAAGUUUGGUGUGCGUGAUUUUCGCAUUAUACUAUACGAUUGUUCCAAACAGGAGAGAUAUUUGAGAAAGGUUAAAGAUAAAGACAGUACAUCAACAUCUCUAGGUUGUAGAAGUGACUUUAGAAUCAGACUCAACGACUGCAUCAAGAACGGCAGACUUUUUGAAACAGUACGCAAGGAAAAGAGUGAUGCUAAUCGCGAAAAAAAAGUUGACUUCUCUCAAAACAGGAUUAGUUUCGAACCAAACUACUUUUUUUUUGACAGCAAAAUGCUGAAAAGAGAUCCUUUCGGUAACAUUCUAAUACCGCUAAAUUCUAUAACUGAUUCGGAAAUUCGACAGGACUUCAUCAAUCACUUUGAGGAAUAUGUUAAGUAGUAACUUACUAAUUAAUAUUUACAGUAUAGGACCACGUUGUGCCAAGUUGGUUUAUUUAAAGGAAAUUGAUGGAAAGUGUAAGGAAAUGUUAGACAUCGUUAGUCAAGUUGGUGCUAAAUAAUUUGAUUGGACAGAGGAAUACUUUAUUUAGAAAGGAUUUGCGAAUUGUAGCUCUUGCGAAGGAUUUUCUCUUCCCGAUCGGUCUGUCCCGUUGUUUUAGAAACGAAACAAAUAUUCUGCUGCAAAUUUAGGUAAUCUUUGAAGCUGUAAAGGUUUUCUUUGAAGAGUGUCUCACACCGAUUCAGAUACUUUUUAUUAUUUUAGCAUACUCUGUGGUUUGAGACUUGCUUGCGUUUUAGUCCCAAAAAUCAUCGAAGGAAUAUAUUUUUGAAUCUUAAAAAUAAAAAAAUAGGUUGUAGUUAAUAUUUUAUUUUUAAAAUUGUUUUGUUAGUCAAUACGUCCACUCGGUCGGCUCCCUGUGAUAGACCUGUAAAUUGAAACAUGAUUGUCAGACUUGUUUUCAAUUUUCUAGGAAAAAAAUCAGUAAUUCGUCAUCAAA